AUGGAGGACCAUGUACCUCCGCGAUUGAGCGGUUUAGGCGAUGAACCUCCGACCAUCAUCCAGGCCGUAUGGAUGCGAGAAUUCGAGCAAGAAGCAAGUUCAAGACUUUGCGUAUUGGUUGUGAUAGUCAAGCUGAAAGAGAUUUUCCUAUGCGUUGGGGCGCGCGUCAUCAUGAAUAACAUGGAAGACCGCAGCUUCGAGAAGGAAACUAGCAUGUGGCAGCAGCGAAGACCCAAGCGGGAAAGGCUGGUGGUGGGUCCUUGGAUCCUGCUAGUCAAGGAACCCGAGUCCAGAAAGAGUUGUUUAAUACCUACUACCAAGAUAUUUUGUCAAUCUCGAGACCACCGGUCAGGUAUUAUUAUUGCCUUAUUCCAGCGCUAG